AUGAAGAACAAUCACAACAGUAAUCAGAAUCAAAUGAUCUCACUCUUCAAGCUCUUCAAUGCUCCAUUACAUCUAUCCAAUCUCCUUUCUCUCAUCCUAUUCUUCGCCUUCGGUUUAUGCGUCGGUAUCAUUCUCACUUUCCAUCUCAAAAACGUCUCAUUCAAUCUCCAGUUCACACAAUUUUCUCUCUCCACCACCACCAACACCAACACGGCCGUCCCGGCCGACGUUAUAACCACACCACAAACAACGCCGCCGCCGCCGAAAGUUGGAUUGGGAAGCUACUUGAACCCACCGGAAUUGAUGCACGAUAUGACCGAUGAAGAGUUGAUUUGGAGAGCAUCGAUGGUUCCGAAGGUCAGAGAUUAUCCGUUUGAGAGAAUCCCGAAGGUUGCCUUCAUCUCCGAUUCGGCUGCCAAUGAGACGGAGCCGGGGGGUUCUGUAUUUCAUGGCCGGCGAAUUCCAAGCAAGGAUGUUGAAUGGGGAAAAGUCAAUAUGAUUGAAGCCGAGCUUCGACUGUUAGCAAAUGCACUAAUGGAUUUCACAAACCAACGAUUCAUUCUGCUAUCUGAAGCUUGUAUUCCUCUGUUCAACUUCUCAACCGUGUACUCUUACCUGACAAACUCAAAGCAUAACUUUGUAGAGUCCUAUGAUUUAGAGGGGCCUGUUGGCCGUGGGCGCUAUAGCCCCAAUAUGGCACCCGUUGUAGAUAUCGAGGAUUGGCGAAAAGGGUCACAAUGGUUUGAAAUGGACCGUGAGUUUGCUAUUGAAGUGAUAUUUGAUAAGAUGUAUUUUUUAGUGUUCCAUGACUUUUGUGAUGGACAAUGUUAUGCAGACGAGCAUUACUUGCCAACAUUUGUCACUAAGCAUUUCGGUGCGAAGAAUUCAAAUAGGACGUUGACUUUUGUCGACUGGGCAAAGGGUGGGCCCCAUCCAACUAAGUACACAAGAAAUGAUGUGACCGAAAAGUUUUUGGAAAAAUUAAGAAAUGAUAAGAAUUGUGAGUAUAAUAGAAAGAAAAACCAAAUAUGUCACCUCUUUCCGAGGAAGUUCACGUCACAUGCUUUAGAUAGGUUAUUAAGAAUUGAACCAAAGCUUAUGCAAUUCAAUGACUUAUAA